AUGGGAACUAAAAUUGAAUAUUCCAUAAAUCUUCUAGCAUCCUCAGCAGUUGAAAGCAACAACUUCAUUGUGGGUGGUGUGGAUGUCUGGGAGCAUUAUCAGAACAAAGGAGUGACUAACAACCAUUUUAGUUUUGGAGUUAAUAAAUUGCAAGAUCCCAUGGAUAGGAUGUUUGACAGAAACAACAUAGAGUCCAUCAAAAAGACAAUGCAGAUGCAUGAGGACAUCUUCAAACAGCAGGUGAGGGAACUACACCGGGUAUACAGUGUGCAAAAGAUGCUGAUGGAUGACCUAAGAAAGGAAACUAAACAAAAGAAAUUUUGGACUCCAAUGAAUGGCAUAGACAUGAGUCAUUCCCAUUUCCUUCAACAUCAACAACAACAACAGGAAACUACUACAACACUAAUUUCAUAUGGACCUGAUUUCCAUGUCCAAAGUUUGAGAGAGGAGCUAUGCUCAAAGGAAAGGAGUGGAAGUUGUUCUGGAGAGACCAUGAAGAGACAAAGGGGUUUUGACCUUGAAAGGCCUGCUGAGAGAGACAUUUUUGGAGGGUGUGAUGAACAUGAGGCAGGACCUAGCUCCUACACUGCACUUGAGAGGUGUAAAAUAAGCAGCAAUGAUGGGUCUGAUGAAGACAUGGAAGUGGAUUUGACUUUAAGCAUAGGAGGAAGCCAAGUUAAGAAUAAUAAUAAUAAUAAUAAUAACAUUAAUAGUAAGAAACCUUAUCUUCUCCCAUUAGGGUGCUCAGAUUCACCCUAUGGGAAAACUAGGGAGCUAAAUUCUUCUGUCUCUUUCCAAUCAGAUAGGGUGGGAGAUUGCAGUGACCCCACCACACCCAUGAGCAGCUCAAGUGUGACAUUUGAUCAAGAGAGAAAGGGACCACAUUGGCUUUCUCAAGGUUUAAAGCUUAAAUAG